AUUUAACUAUCUGCGGUUGCGCGUCAGUCCGGAUUGGCUGUCUGCAAUAAUCGGACUACAGGAGGACCGGAGGGGACACCAGGGGCCACAGGGCAGCAUGUUUACCGCCACCCACUUUAAUAAUUAAUUGUUCAGGUCGAGUAACUCGCCUAAUUUGAUUUUCUGGACACUCUAACCUCGCCAGUGGAGGCGCACCAACAAUGUUUUUGUGCCGUGCGGGGAGGCUGCCAGCGUCUGUACUGGAUCAGGCUUACAAACGUCCGGGCUGGUUUGUGGUGCGGGUCAAAGCAAGCGGACCGGGAGAGGUCUCCCUGACAGGCCGGACAGGCCGCAGCUUUCAGCGGCUUCGGUUCCUCAGCGCGUGCGCCGGCGGGCUCCAGCCGAAGCACGCGCACCAACAAGCAGAGCCCGUCCAGAAGUGGGACAGCUCGGCUUGUUUGGUAACAGACUGGGGACUCUUAGAGCGGGUCGCACCCAGAAGCAUUCAGCGAUUUUCUAACUCAAUGCUCAGAGGAGACACGAAGGCUUUGUUUCCAGGUGACACCAGCAGCAUGCAGACCAGAGCCGCCUCCACCAGCGCAGGGACUAGGAGCCGCGAGGAGCGCGCUGACAGCAGCAAAGCGGAUCUCCAGGAUGCUUCCUCUACCUCAAGCAAAGAAAAAGACCCAGGAAACACACCAGAGCCAGAGGAAGGAAAACCCAACAAGACACAGCAGCUUAAGAAAGUAUUCAAAGAAUAUGGAGCAGUGGGAGUUUCCUUUCAUAUUGGGAUUUCUCUAAUGUCUCUGGGAAUGUUCUACCUCCUUAUAUCAAGUGGAAUCGACAUGGCGGCUAUGCUGUGCAAACUUGGCUUCAGCGAGGAGCUGGUUCAGUCUAAAAUGGCAGCAGGAACCAGCACGUUUGUCCUUGCCUAUGCCAUCCACAAGCUCUUUGCUCCUGUUCGUAUCAGCAUCACUGUGGUGUCAGUACCACUCAUCGUUCGCUACUUGAGAAAGACUGGACUCUUUAAACCGCCUACACCCUCACCUUGACGACUCUGCUCUUCUCCCUUGCUCUCUCAUGAAACAACAAAAUCCUGACUGGUCAUAAACUCAAAGACUCUGUUUAACAUUUUAUGAUCAAUCAUCU